AUGUCAUCAUUUGAUAAGAUAUCUACUCAACCACUUGACAAGUCAACUGCCACCUGUCAACAAGAAGUAAAACCUCCUCAACAUAUUAAAAGUACAAUUACAAGUAUCAAGUCACCAAAAUCUAAUACUACUAAAAUAUCCAAAUCCAUAAAUAGCAAGUCAUUUGUUAGUACCAUCCAAAUAAGGACAUGUUUUGGUACAGUAUUAGAAUGUGAUUGUGUAAGAUUAUUAUUAUUAUUAGGAAUGAUAAUUAAUAUUAUUUCUUUUAUUGUAAUUGGAAGUAUGACUAUUUAUUCAUAUACAGUUGUGAAUAAACCAAUUAUGGAAACUCUAGUUUCGUAUAAUGAUAUGAGUUAUCAAUAUCAAUUAACAACUAAUGAUAUUAAUUUAGGUGUAAUUGGUUCACAUAAUGCAAGUAUUCAUGAUUGGGUAACUAGAAAGGAUAUAUUUAAACAAAGUAUUGGAAAAUUACUAAAUUUGGUAGAUUCUGAUAUUUCCAAUACAAUUCAAAAUGAAUAUAAUAUAACUGCUCAGAAUAUUUCCUUAUUAAAUUUACAUCAAGAAAUAGUAGAUAUAUUUUUGGAGGGAAAUUUAUCAGCUGCUUCUUCAUUACUCCUGUCAGCAAAUGUGAAUUCUGCCAUACGUCAAUUUGCAAAUGGUUGGAAUUACAUGUUAACUAAAAUCAAAGCAAACAUUCAAAAUAAUUUAAAUAUUUCUCAACAAGCUUCCACUACAAGUUUAACAAUUAUUGGAGUUUGUUUGUUAAUAGCAAUUCCAAUUGUGGUAUUGACAUUUACUUUAAUGAUUAAAAAGGAUAUUUCAAUGAGUAGAAAAUUGAGAAAAACACAAAUAGUACUAGUUUUGAAUACUAUGAAUGAUACACUUUCUAGAAAAUCAUUUAAAAAUUAUUUGGUCAAUUCAAAAAGUGCAAAAUUCCAUCAUUUAUUGGAAUUGAUUCAAAGAUUUAAGGAAAUUUCAAAUACUUUGGCAUAUGUUUCCAAGUUGAUUGCUAAUAACAAUAAUAGUAGUGUAAAUACAUCUCUAAAUGGUUCACUUAAUAGUUUGACUGAUGACAGUGACACUUCAAGUAUGUCAUCAUCAAUUGUUGAUUUGAAUACAAGUACUUCAACAAGUUCUAUGAUUACUUAUAAUACUUUACAAUCAAUAGAACAAGAAGAAAUUAAUUUAAAGCAAGAACUGAAUCAGAUAGUAAUAGAAAUUACCAAAUUGAUUUCUUCUCACAAGGAAUAUUCGCAACUUUGUAAAUUAUCAGAAGAAUCUAUUGGAAAGGUAAUUCAACCAUCAAUAUUUGAUGAAUUGGAAAAGUAUCUUGCCGAAAAACUUAUUCGAAAACAUGACAAUUUUAAAUCACAUCAUGAUAUUCCACUUCAAACAAGAUAUGAAAUGUUGAGAAAUUUCAGAUUUGACUUUAAAAGACAAUACAAUAGAUUUAAAUAA